UCUUCCAAGUUAAGCAUAAUCACUCAAUUUAGUAUUUACAAAAGGGUUUAAAAGAAAACAAUCCCCAAUUCCCAUUUCCAUUCCAUUCCCAAUCCUUCCUUGAUUUCAGCACUUUCCAUUCCGUUUUUCUUCCAUUUCUCUUUUGUCCCUUUUGAUUUUUGAGUUCUGAGAGUGGUUCCAUUACAUUUUUCUUCCGUUUCUCCAUCGCCCCUUUUGAUUUCUUCUGUGUCGGAAGGAUCUUUUCAGUUUUCACUCAAUUUUUCCAACUUGAAAAACUGAGUUUUGUUGCAAUGGAACCAGACGAAAUUGCUACCUACAUCGGCGGUGAAUUUGGGCAGUCACUCGAGAACUUGACCACCAACUGCAUAUAUGGUGACCGAAUUCGCUCCCAUGGGGUUUUCGGCGGAUCAAACCCUUUUGAGUAUUCUGUACCUUCUCUUCUAAUUCAGUUGGUUAUUUCUGGAGGGGUCAUUAUGUUGUUUUCUAAGCUUCUCAAACCCCUCGGCCAACCCCUCAUCGUCUCUCAAAUCUUGGGAGGCUUAGUUCUAGGUUCUUCGGUUCUGGGCCAGUUCGAGAGAUUCAGAGAAACCUUUUUCCCCAUGAGGGGAUUCAUAUUACUUGACAUAGUAGCUUCAAUGGGAUAUACAUUUUACUUCUUUCUCAUUGGGGUGCAAAUAGAUCCUUCCAUAGUAAAGAAGAUUGACAAGAGGGCAUUUGUUAUUGGGUCCUGUACUGUGGCUUUACCUUUGGUUCUUAACACCAUUUGCAUUAUAGACUCUCAAAUCCCAAAAACCAUUUCCACUGUUGCUGCAAUAGAGUCCUUUAUCGACUUUCCCACGAUUGCUUGCUUUCUUUCCGAGCUUCAUAGAAUGAACUCUGAGUUGGGUAGAAUCGCUUUGGCAUCUUCUAUGGCUUCUGCUUUCUACGGCUAUUGCAUUAUGUUUCUAGGAGAUAUCUUGAAUGCACCCAAUGUUCAAAGAUAUGAGAUGUUCUCAAUAUUUUUUUCUUCUGUCAUUCUCAUAUUCAUCAUCAUUUACGUGUUUCGUCCUGCCAUUCUUCGGAUGAUGCAUCCGGCCGGGCAGUCAUUGACGGAGGGCUAUGUGAUUACCUUGCUUUUAGGGGUAUUGGUGACUAGCUUCUAUUGCCAGGCCACUGGUUUGCAUGUACACUUUGGUUCCCUUGCACUUGGGAUUGCAAUACCUCCGGGGCCUCCCAUUGGAUCAACAUUGGUAGAAAGGCUUAAUCUCAUCACCUCAUGGGUUUUCAUGCCAAUCUUCUUUGUCAAAAUAGGCUGGUUUAUCAAUAUCUUUAUCAUUAAACUCAAAAAUUUCAUAGUGUUGUCGUGCACUAUCGUUGUUGUUGCGUUGGGAAAGUUUUUAGGCACCUUUAUGAUUUCAAUGUACUUCAAACUAUGUGUGCGAGAUGCCGUAUUGCUCGGCCUUAUUGUGAAUAGUCAAGGAGCUAUGGAGCUUGGUUUGUUUUAUUCGAGGAAGAAAGAAAAGGUAUUUGAUAACGAAACAUUUUCAGUUAUGUGCAUAUGCAUGGUGAUUUUGGUUGCAGUUAUCACUCCCAUAAUGAGAUAUCUCAAUGAUCAUUCAAGUACGUAUGUAGUUUACAACGAAAGAACGAUGAUGCACUCGAGAUCAAAUUCUGAUCUUCAUUUAUUAGUUUGCAUUCAUGACCAAGACGAUGUUCCUAAUGCCAUUAAACUUCUCGAGGCCUUGAAUCCAACGAGACAAAGCCAUCUUGUUGUUUACAUGCUUCAUCUGGUUGAGCUUCUUGGCCGUGCUAACCCACAAUUCAUUGCCCACAAGCGUACGAAGGUAGGUACUUCAAGGUCUUGCCCUUCUGAGCAUAUCGUUAAUGCCUUCAAAUACUUUGGACAGAGCAACCGUGACAUAGUUGAAAUUUAUCCCUUCACUGUUAUAUCUCGUGUUGCGACUAUGCACCACGACGUUUGUUCGCUCGCAUUUGACAAAGAGACUUCUUUGGUUCUUGUUCCUUUUCACAAGAGAUUUCAUUCCAAUGGUGUGUUGUCAUUGUGCAAAAGUAAAAUGAGAACAGUUAACAAUCACAUCCUUGACAAGGCACCCUGCUCUAUCGCCCUUGUUGUUGACCGCGGACUCUUGAAAAUCUCAAGCUCUAUCACAACAAACUUGCAUUAUUUUCACAUAGUCGUGGUCUUCAUAGGUGGACCAGACGACCGAGAGACAAUGUUCAUUGGGGCAAGAAUGGCUGGACACCCCAAUAUCAACUUGACAAUGAUCCGUCUAGUGGAGGAUGGAAAUGUCCCGUGCUAUAACUUAGAAGAGAGGAGGCUUGACGAUGAGGCAGUGAGCAAGUUUCGACAAACUAUGGUAGGCAACUACAGAGUAAUGUACAUAGAAGAGGUGGUUACGAACGGCACUGGAACGGUCUCUAUACUCCGUUCGAUGGAGAACAAUUUCGACCUUGUAAUGGUAGGAAGACGCCAUUGCCUAAGUUCACCUCUAGUUCAAGGGUUGAUACUUUGGAACGAAGAUACAGAACUUGGGGCAAUUGGGGAGGUGUUGGCCUCUUCAAAUUUCAUGGGCAAUGCCUUAAUCUUGGUUGUGCAACAACACACAAAAGAUUGAUGAAGAUCAAGAAAAUCACCUGGAACCUAGGUUUCCCAUUGACAAGUAUUUAGUAUAGGAUGAGGGAGAAAACAUUUACUUCAAUAGCAGAUCAUUCAAAAGUUUUGAUUGUUGCAAAAUUUACUUACUCCAAUGAUACAAAGUUGGAGAAGUCAUUUUUGCUCUCUCACACUUUUUUUUUUUCUUUGAGCUUCGACAAUGUACAUUUUCACUCAAGCCAUGUGUAAACCAAACAACACCCUUUAGAGCUAGUCAAUUUCU